AUGGCCUCCUCUAAUCCCAAGCCAACAAACAGUCUCUUGUACAAAAACUUUCAAAAGCACCCUGCAGCUCUCAUCGAGUCUACCGAGGGCAUUUUCCUCAACACGAGCGAUGGCCGUCGUAUCCUCGACGCGACCAGCGGUGCGGCCGUCGCCUGUCUAGGCUACAACAACAAGGAUGUUCAGCAGGCCGUUGUUGAGCAGCUGGUCAACGUUCCGUACUGUCAUCCUGGGUUCUACAAGACUAAGGCAGCCGAGGAUCUUGCUGAUUUCCUGGUCGAGUCGACAAACGGGUUGAUGUCCAAGGCGGUCCUGUGCGGAUCUGGCUCGGAGGCAGUUGAAGUUGCCCUCAAACUGGCCAAAACUCACUUCUCACACCUCGCCAUCCCUCAGCCAGAGCGAAGCCACUUCAUCGCCCGCGUAGGCGCAUGGCACGGCGCAACCUUGGGUGCCUUGACCCUAGGCGAUUUCAAAGUCCGCAAGGACCCGUUCGUGCAGUUGAUCUCACAAAACUCAUCCCAGGUAUCAGCUUGCAGCGAGUACCGCGGCCGAAAGGAGGGUGAAGACGAUGAGGCGUAUGUGCAACGACUAGCACAAGAGCUCGACGAUGAGUUCCAGAGAAUUGGACCUGAGAAGGUCUGCGCUUUUGUGGCCGAAACCGUUGGCGGUAGUGCAAGCGGGUGUGCCAUGCCGAUCAAAGGCUAUUUCCCAGCCAUGAAAGCCGUUUGCGAAAAGUACAACGCCCUUCUCAUCCUCGACGAAGUCAUGUGUGGUAUGGGUCGCACAGGUACCCUUCACGCAUGGGAGCAGGAAGACGUUGUACCUGACAUCCUCGUCGUCGGAAAGGGCCUUGGUGCUGGAUACGCACCUGUCUCAGCUGUCAUGCUCAACACCAAACUCGUCGAGUCGUUCCAGAAGUCCGGCAAGGGUUUUGCUCACGGGCAGACAUACAUGGCCCAUCCUCAAGCAGCGGCAGCAGGUCUCAAGGUUCAACAGAUCAUCCGUGACGAGAACUUGCUGGCUCACGUUCAAACCAUGGGCGACUAUCUCGGAACGCGUCUCAAGGAACGUUUCCUUCCGAUGCCAUUCGUCGGCGACAUUCGAGGAAGGGGUCUUUUCUGGGCCAUCGAGUUUGUCACCGACAAAAAGACCAAGAUGCCGUUCCCCUACAGCCUGGGUCUGAACAGCAUGCUUCACUCUCGAGGAAUGAACGCAGGCUAUGAGAUUGCUCUGUUCAACGCCAACGGUGGCUACGAUGGAUACAGCGGUGACCAUUUUCUGAUCUGCCCGCCUUUUAUCGUGACCAAGGCUGAUGUCGAUGAAAUUGUUGAGCGAACCGCGCGGGUUGUUGAGGAUACUUUUGCUGAGCUGGUCAAUUCUGCUGUCUGGGAGAAGAUCACUUUGCAGAUGGAGAUUGACAACAAGUGCGAGGUGAAUGCAGUGGAUGCGCCUCCUGCCGUUGGUGUGGCUGCUCAGUGA